GGAAUGAUGGCCCAUGUAUCUGGAAAUAUUUCCACUUUCUAAAGUUGUAAAAUUCCUUUGGAAUUUUGAGUAAACCUUCGAACUUCGGGCGAUUUCGGGCGAUGUUAUUUAAGUAAUUUACUAGAUGCCGCUGACAUGGUCUGAUAUGAUCGCGGACGGGGGUCACCGAACGAUAAAUUGACUACCAACAAACAUGGCGAGCUUGUAUAAGUUUUCUUCAUUGGUGAGUGUAAAGGAUUUCAAAGAAAAAAUAACGUCAACAAUAAAUAAUGAAGAUACUUGUCUUGAAAGAAAUGUUGUGGACAGGUUAAAAAUUUCAUCAGAAAUGGAUAUAACACAGGAGACCUUAGCAGAACUUGAAGACGUUUGUAGGUAAAUUUAUAUUACUACAAACACUGAAGCACAUUCAAAGUGGCUUGUGUGUAUGGUUGUGUAUUGAUUUAUACUGAAGACUGAAGUACAUAUUUAUACAUAGAUUCAUGCAAAUUAUAUAUGCUCACCACACCCAGCAUUCUUUGUUCAACCAAGUGAAAUCACAUCUUUCAAGUUCAUAUUAUAUAGAUUCACUCAUUCACAUGGUCUAGCUAGUCAUGGGGGGGGGGGUGUUUCAAAUCUCAAAUGUCAACUGAAAUUUAAUUAAGCCAAUUGUCACUAUAUUGACAGUUGGUAAACAUUUACUAGAGUAAAUGUUAGUGACUAGUUGCCAGGUUGGAAUCCUCGAAAAGUUUAUGCUGGAGGUUAUGCCAAUAUGCCGCUGACUGCUUACACCAGUACGUCACUAACGUCAGUCAUAUGACAGACAAGAAAGUUAUAAACUUUUUAAAUUUUGGACGUUUCACACAAGCUUAAAUUGACUGGAGUUGAUACAGACCAUAUUACGCCAGUCUUGAAGCAACUACAUUGGCUUAACUGCAUGACUUCAAGUAAGCCAUCUUAUUGUAUGUAAGCUACUGCUAAUAACUUAUAAGGCGUUAAAUGGGCUAGCACCUGGCUACAUUAAAGCAUUGCUACAAACGUAUACUCAGAGCAGGAUUCUAAGAUCCACUUCAAAGAACCUAUUGCAUAUACCAUCAGUUAAAUUAUUUGGUUAACUAUAGUCAUAAGUCUUUCUCUUAUGCUGCACCGAAACUCACUUCCUGAUUAUAUUUGUCAUAGCAAUUCGCUGAUUAGUUUUAAAGCUAACAUUAAGACCUAUCUUUUUAAGCAGUUUUACAAUUAGCUAACCUUACCUAAGGCGGUGCAAAUUAUUUAUACAGAUUUGUUAAUGGUAUUGAUCACCUCCUGUAACAUAUUGACUUUCAAUGUACACUAUUAACACUUCAUUAUGAUGUACAUUUAACAAUAGUCAAUCUUUUUAUUCUAACAUUUGCAUGCUCUCUGUGAUGACUUAUUUUUCUCUGCCUAACGCAAGACUAUUUUACUCAUCAAGGGUCUCCCCUUGCCCUGCAUGGCAAGGCUUGAAUUUUAUCGUGGCAAUUGCUAUAGAGGGAGAACAAAAUGCUGUGGAUCAUUGCAACAACGACGGCAAUUUUUUGCCGUAUAGUGCAAUUUUUAUACUAUUCACUGUGCAUUACUAUUUUGAUACUUGAAUUCAGAUGUUGAUCAAAUCAUGCGUAAAUUACUAUUUUAGUCAAUUACUAUUUUAGUCAGUUUUCUUUGAAAAAACCCACUAAAGAAAUACGUAAACAUGUUCCUAGCUUAUCAACAAUCCAAAGUAACAAUAAAAUUAAAUUUUUAUUAAUUUGAAAAAAUGCCAUGGAAACUGCCAAAAUUGCCGUAGACAGCUGAACAUUACGUUCUACGGCAAUUUUUAACGUCAUUGCCAUCGAUUGAUUUCAGAGAAGUUUGAGGCCUGCUGCAUGGUCAUAUGUUGUCAACAUAAGCUCCCCCCCCCCGUGCAUAUUUCAUGAAGUGUUUACCAUUGGCAAGCAUAGACAAUAGUUACUGUAGGAUAUAAAUAAGGCAUUUUGUUUGGGAGCAAUAAGGGUGUGGAAAUGCCUUAAACAAAUAUUUUUUAUUAUUUUUUGUAUAUUAUUGCUUUUGCGAAGUCCAAGUAAUCUCAAGGUACUGUACCAUAUUAUUACUGGUGUUAAUAUUUAUCACUUAUUUACAGAGACCGAGGGAAACAGUGUGUUUUGUGGACCCGAGACCGCUGUUGUUGCUCGAGGCGAAGCCGAGGGCAACAACGGCGGUCGAGGGGCCACAAAACACACUGCUUUCCCGAGGUCUCAGGAAAUAAGUGUUUUGUUAUAUAGUAUAUAAGUGUCAAAGUAUGAAUAAUUCACCGGUUAUUGGAGUGAACUUAAUUUGAAACCAAAACUGGUUAAAUGGAAUGCCGUAAAUGUUUAGUAAAAAGUUUUAAAAAUGAACUUUGGAACUUCAUGGUUGACACGCAUGCGUAUUGCACCCAUUUUAUUAUUGACCGGUCAAUAAAUGUUUGAUUGCGGACCGGUUGCCGAACAUGACGUUUUGUGGACCUGCACGUGACACGGUUUUGGCCAAUCGGCGAACAGAAAAAUUGAACUUUCAAAUUGACACUAACUAUAUAACAAUAAUUUUUAGUUACAGCAUGUCAUUUUGCAUACAGAGCAUAAUUGCCGACAAUCCUCACCCAAUCACUGUGCACUUGCUCUUGAAAUUGCCAUUGAUGGGUUAAUUUAGAUGGUUUUUAAAAGAUUUACCAUGUUACAACCAUUCAUAGAAAACACUGAACUUUUACCAUUUAACUGGUUAUUAUAACUUUCCCAAAUGAUAAAUUGGAAAAACCUGCCCUACAUCAUAGACUGUAGAUCAGGUAGUAAAAAUCAUUAUUUACUAUUAAAAUGGUGUUUUGUGAAAGAAUUCCUUUUAGAAACCUGGGUUUAUCUAUUUUAUCUUAUACUAAAUACACAUUGAGUUUUAAGUUUGUACAUGGUUGAACCAUAAUCAGGUAUGACUAAAAAUCUUGAAUAGUCGCACCCUUGAUGAUGGUAUUGUGCGAACUGUGCUUAUAGUGAUGCCAAUAACACAGGAUGUGACGAGAUAACAUUGUUAUAACUUAACGUUCGCAUGAAUGUCAUAUGCAUUAUAUAUAGCAACUAUUAUUUUAUACCUGUCAUAAGCAUGCUUCAGUACAAUAACAAUGAUCAUUUAAAGAAAUUAAAGACAACUGCAUUUUUUAGUGUGAGUGUAUUGGGUUUAGAUUUGGUAAUCGAUUAAAUUCACUAUAUAAAAUUUGAUAGCCUGGAAUAUAUACAUUGAGCGUGCAAGGUAUCAAAUGAAUGGGUAUUGCUCAUUUGAAGCCUUAGAUAAUUGCUUAGUGAACCAAAUAGCCCUAAAUUGAAAGUGCUUGCUAUAUGCCAAAGCACAUUUCCCAAGUUUAAGACUCGACUUAUAAAUAGUAAUUUAGUUAUCCAUCGGUAAGCUUGUUUUACCAAUUCCACCCAAACCACACUCUUCUGCAACACGAACUUUCUUUUCGUUCGACGUUUCCACAACUUUCAAAAUACGUUUAAGCUCCUGGAUUUCUUUAAUUAGCCAUUCCGAAGUCGAUGAGAGGACUGGGGACAAGUGUUAAAAAGUGCCCAAAUUAAGAAAUGAACCAAAUAACUAAAAAUACCACCUCAAAAUUAGUAAGUAUACAAAGUUUGAAGACGUUUACAUGAAUACCCUUCGAAUAAUAAGCUUUCCAAAAUUCUGAAAUUACUGAUUAAAAGAUUGUUUUGGGGAAGCGCGUCCCAAAAUCAAAAAUUACAAUACAUUUCAUAGUAAAUAUCACGAUUUUCGAAAGCAUAUUAUUCAAAGGAUAUUCAUGUGAACGUCUUCAAACUUUGUAUACUUACUAAUUUUGAGGUGGUCUUUUUAGUUAUUUGGUUAAUUUCUUAAUUUGGGCACUUUUUAACACUCGUCCCCAGUCCUCUCAUCAACUUCGGAAUGGCUAAUUCGACCAGAGAAAUAACGAUUGCGCGGAGGUGCAGUGAAAACGUAGGGAAUUUUCUCCUCUUCCUUAAUAUAAAAUCUUGAAAGUUCAGUGGUACAGUAAAUUUCGUCUCAAGAUAAGGUUUAAGAUUUUUAACAGGACAACUUUUUUGAAUUAGCUGUAUAUACUGUAGAAGACACUUGAUUGAUUUGCAGCAUUUUCCUCUCGCACUAUGGCAAUGAAUGAACAAAAUUUUUAUCUAGACAAGUCUAGACAGAAAGCCAAGUCUAUCACAGCUUGAAAGAGCAAUCACAAAAUUAGUAAUAUUCCGAAGUUUCGUUGCGAAAUGUUGUAAAAUGUGGAUAAUAUAGCCCUGCGAAGUUUGCCGUUUUUCAGUCAUUUUGUAUCACGAACGGGAAAUUGAUAUCGCUUUCUGAAAAAAGGUAUCAAUUUCCCGUGCGUAAUACCAAAUGACUGAAAAACGGCAAACUUCGCAGGGCUAUAUUAUCCGCAUUUUGCAACAUUUCGCAACGAAACUUUGGAAUAUUACUAAUUUUGUGAUGCUCUUUAAAGCUGUGAUGAAAUAUUUGUCUACACUUGUCUAGAUCAAAAUUUUGUUUAUUAGGGAAUAGGUCCAUUACCUAGAUCAUUUUCAUCCUCCAGCUCUUAUCAACUUUCAUUCUCAUUUUACAUGUAAAUGCUUUUUAUAUCAUAUACGCGUAUACGAAAUAUUGCUUAUGAUUUUCCCUUUUUCUUCCAACAAGUUUGAGGAUGAGCCUACAAGUGACAUGGACCCCACAACCAAGACAACGUGUUUUUCCCAAGCAGAUCUUGCCACUCUCACGUAAGCAUACAAAACUAUAUGAUAUACAUGUAUAUUUUCAAAAAAAUUACAACGCGAAAACGUUUGAAAGCCAUCAGCGCAAGAUUUUUAACUUAAGUUUAGGUAUUACAAUACUGUCGACAUGAUACGGAUCGUCAAACUGCUUCCCGAUCACGCUCUUUACGGAUCGACAAAGUAAGUUCACGAUCCGCAAUUCAUUUUUACGAACCGUACGGUUCGUAAAGCCAUUUCACAGGUCGUACGGAUCGUACAGACCGUGCGGAUUGUGUUGAAUAGUGAGUUUAAGAUACCCCGGUUUCGGUGUACGGGUACGAGUAGUGUCAUCGUGUUUACUAUUCUAGUUUUUACUGAUGUCUGUAAUUCGAUCAUACUUUUUCUGUUUUCUUGCAAUAGACAAUGAUAUAAUGCGAAAAAUGUACACCUUAAUUACGAGUAAAAGUGCAGACAUCGACGAAAAUACUGCUAACCAAAAUCAUGCCACCCGUACCCGUAAACCGAAACCGGGGUAUCUUAAACUCACUAAUGUUUUACCAUCUUCACGAUCCGUAUACGUUCGAGAGUAUUGGACAACCAUCUGUUAUGAAUGGUUUAGUAUUAGAUUUGAGUCAGAGUGCAGUAUAUAAUUCUCAAUACUUGGUCUGGCCUAGACGGACACUAAUUAUUUUUCGAACUUAAGGUGAUUCAUCAGUUUUGCAUUGCGCACUUUUACUGCGCAUAUCUAAUAACAAAUUCUAGCUAACAUACUAUAUGUAGUCGAACUGCAAUGUAAAGUGAUAAAGAAAGAGUAAGGGCAAAGAUAAAAACACUCUGCAUUGAUCCGGUGUGCUUCAGGAAAUAUACCUUCAAUAUUGACAGAACUCUGGCUAGUGUUCCAUGUGCAACUAGCAGUAAACCACAUCGUGUUGCAUGUUUAACCCUUUUAUCUCUUUAAGAAGAUCCAUGCCCCACUUUUUUAUUCUAUAUGUUUGUUCUUCUAUACGUUUUACAUGUCAUGUCAGAAAAUAAGAGAAAAAUCAUUAGUCUACUGUACAACUAACUUCUAAUAUUUUACAUUUUCGCGCAUGCUUCCCAAAAUAACGUGUGUGAGAGAUAGGAAAAGACAUCUUUGCACCACGACAAUGCACAUCAGUGGUCUUUGAUUCGCUAAAAUACCAUCUUUUCUUGUAUAUAAUCAUUAGAUAGACAUUUUUAGUAGGAUCCUUGUUAAAAAAACUCAGUAAGGGUUGAUCAAUUGCGAUUGUUCCUGUGACUCGUAAAUGGAUCACGACGGCGCCAUAUGGGAAAGGUGGCAUAUUGCACUUGUCCUAUCUUCGAAUCGAGUUCGGUGACCCCAACUUUUUUUCUGUUUUUACUAUGAGCUAGCAUAUCAUAAACUUCACCCCUGAGAAGUUUCAGCAAAUUAUCAUUUCCAGAACAAUUACUGAUGUAUCACCUUCGAGCGUGUGGAAACUAAUUGUUCUAUAUUCUUCAACUUUUCUAUAUUCAAAUGAUGAUUGAACAGUUGAAUACUUUGUUAGUUUGAUUUGUAUAUUCUAAUCCUUCCAGUCCUAGUGAAAUAAAUACAACUGGGAAUGCUACCUCCAUGCAACCGAAAAUUCAAAGCCAACCUUGAAGGCCAGUCCCAUUCUUUUCACGCAUGCGAAGAGCAUUGUCAAUCUGUCAACAGAAAAAGCGGCUUAAAACUUACAAAAUAUGCUUUUUUCCAGCGCUCAAAGGUUUCUAUUAAUGCUUUUAUUCCGGUAAAACUUUCUAGUAGACUUUACUUUUAAGUUUUUUCUUAUUUUAUUCUAAUAAUUGUUUACGUGAGAGAAAGGCAUGAACACGCGGGUCUUGACCCUCAGACAAAGAAAGGCAGUUUAUUUGAAGGUAGCGUUCCAGUUAUACAGUAUUCAUUUCACUGUUGCAGUCUGAGCUACAUGUUAUACAGUAGUUCAAAUGCAAUUUAUCCGACGCAGAACGCGGUUUUGCAUGCAUAGUCGACACUCGGAAUUGGCUUAUUGUCUGUGCAGAGAAGUCAUUAGACGGUCAUAUCAGGGCUUUGCUCGGACUUUUAAAUUAGACAUUGGUUUGAGGCAAACUAGUUAUAAUAAUUAACAUAAGAACUAAAAUCUUAGUUUGUCUAAUUUGAUAGAACGUUUAAAAUUAUGUACUAAACUUUGCUGCAGAUGUUUCAUACCAAUCAUAAACUAAUGGAAUAUUUUGACUAAAAACUAUAAGAUUAAUUCUUAACAUCCUUAACUGCAGUACGGUUUAGAUGACGUCAAGUGUGGUGAUAGCCCAAUGGGGUAGUUUUUAGAUAAAUUUAGCUCCACAUGACCUAGUAAAGAUCCGAAAUUAAAAUGCUUAGAUAACUUGAAUAGCAACCCAGUUAAAGUUUUUCGCUCAUAUUUAUCACUGGCUGUGAAGAUAAAAAGACUCAACUCGUGACUAUAUCUAUGCGUAACAUGCAUAUCCUGAAUAAUCCAACAUGGCGGACAUCUCACUGUUUUCAGGAACCAAGCAAGAUAUGAAAAAGUUGUAAAACAUCUUCAGUAAUUAUUUUAAAAGUUCUUUCAAAUGAAACAAAGUUUUUACUGCCAAUGUCAAAAUUAUGUUGGUAUUAUUUUAAAUUGUCACCGUGAAUUAUUAGUAUAGUCAAUUUGAAUAAGUGAAUUAGCUUUUCUCACGAUGACGAAUAUCCGCCAUUUUUGGGUGGCAUCAAAUUUUCAUCAUCCAAUGCAAACAAUUAAAACAAUGUGAAAAGCAAUUUUUCAAAAUAAACUAACCAUUUACAAAGCAAAUUUACCAUCGUUCGUCAAAAAAAUUAUAAAAAGUUGCUGUUAUGUGGACUUAUGGCACAUACUUCAGCUGAAAUGCCACCCAAAAAUGGCGGCGUGAGAAAGGCUAAUUCAUAUCGCAUCCGUCUGAACAUAGUCUAUCAUAUGAUGGCAUGGAAACUAAACAGAAGUCAUUAUUACCUCCGCCAGGAGGUUAUGUAAUCAUCUGGGUUUGUAUGUGUGUAUGUGUGCAGUGGCGGAAAUCUUGGGGGGGGGGGGGGGGGCAAAAGGGAUGCCGUUUGACUAAAGAGGACUAAAAGCAGACGAGUCUUUCGAGUGCAAAUAAAAGGUCGAAAUUUGAAGUUUGUCGGAGGUAGAGCUUGCCCCACCGGAAAGAGUGAAUUUCCGACAAUGUGUGUGUGUAUGUGUGUUUGUCUGUGAGCACGAAAUAAAUACCAAACAUAUUCAUACGAAAUUUUUUGAAUGCAUUUCCGAUCGGCUAAGGAAGAACUGAUUAAAAUUUGGUUGAAUUUGGUUAAAAAUUGAACGAGAAAUGAACAAAAUUUUGUCUUGCUUUUCCCGGUCAAUUAAAAAAAAAUUACUGAAUGUGUAAUUAGGACGUGUAUAAUGUGAUGCACGCAGUACUAAGACAAUAAUGAGAUGAUAAACCUCAUUAAGCUUCAGCGUUCAUUAUCUAUUGUUUUUGUUGCAUUUCACUCGACCGAAAUUCAAUGUCUAAAACAAGGCUUACGGAGUUACGCAUUAUUGCGUUCGGCAAAGUGCCAGUCCAUUCAAAUUCUAAUAACAUUAGAUUACUUCAAUACAGGGUGUAUCGGAAUUUCCCAAGAAAUCGACAUUGUUUUAAAGACAAAAGAUUUUAGCUGCUUGGGAAUUUAAAAUAGCACAACUGUCAAAAUUACUGCACACGCGAGUGCAUAAAGCAAAAUUUAUCAUUUCUUAAAUGACACUUAAUAAGUUUUUAUUUUACAAGUACUGUACAGUACAACAACAGUAAUAUGAUCUAUUAGCAAUUCGAUUUCAAUUCGCGGGGGCCUAAAAUCUUUUAUGCUUAAGAAUUGCAAAGUGGAUUUCUUAGGAAAUUCCAAGGUUGCGUUUCACUUCCGAGUAGCGGGCGGAGGUAUGCAGUCUCUGAGUGCCCUCUAGUUGUGUUAUGUUUUUGUCUGAGUUUAUGUUAAUUUGUGCACGGUCACGGUGAUUGAGCUCAUUGUAUUUUCGUAUAAUUAAGUAACUGUCCAAUAGGGAUAGCUGAAAUGAAACGUGUAGCCACGAUGAAUAAUAUUUAAUAAAGACAAAGUUGAGACAAAGGAUUUGCGCACGGUGAGAUAAUACAGUUCAACAUCAAACAAAGGUUUUCUAUUUUGUGGCUUUGACGUUUGGCGGGAUUCCAGACCAUCAUAUCUUAAUAGACUAUGUUCUGAAUAGAGACUCUUGUGUACAGUAGUAAGGUGGCUUCCCAUGCAUAGUUAUUUAACAAGAAGACUGGUAACUGCUCUCCACAACUUCGUGUAUUAAAUUACUAACAUUAGCUUAAGGUAACAUAAACGUCCUCUCAUUCGAUACAAUUAUUUGUUCUUUUUUUGAAGCGCGGUAUCUAAAAAGGAAGGUCAAAAUUCAGACCCCAGGGCAAAGAUUUUCUAUUCAAGAAACAAGAACUAUAUUAUCCUGUCAGAACAGCUAGUAAGUAGAUACGAAUUGUUUGUUAUUGAAUGUCACUUCGGCGAAAUGCGAAAAAUGUUGUGCGAAAUAAUUAACGCAUGCGUGAUAAGAACUAGGAGUUACUGCCUCGAUUGACACAUGUUAGCGAGAAAACAGCUUAAUUUACAGUGAAACAGAAUGUAAAUUCACUUUAAUUAAUAUGGACUCUCAAUACACCAGGCCAAAUAGAAAUAUUAGCUGGUUUCCGACCGACCUGUCAAAAAUAUGACCGACCAUAAACAUUAUUUGACAUUUCCCAGUAGAGAUCAUCUUUUCGUAAAUAGCAGAAUAUAUAAAUAGUCAUCAGACUCAUUUGUCUACAAAUUAUUUUGUUUGCUCAUAAUUUAAUCGUUAUCUAGUCAUGUUAAUCAUAGUUUUACACAAAUAUUAAAUAUUUGAAUAAAAUAUUAAAAACGUACAUUAUUCUGACAUUCUGAAAAAAGACGAAAGCGCCUUGAUUAUUCUGUGGCUUUAACGCGUUUGUUUCUCGCGAAACACAUGUAGCUCGCGGGGUGAUCCGCGUGGCACGUUUGAUCACGCGUGACAGUUACUCAUAAACAACUUAUAUUUAUUGCAUACUUGAGAUAAAAUAUUUUUUUAAAUAAAAUGUUUUUCCGACCUACUGUACCUACCCAUAUAAAACAUGGCUGUGAAACCUGAAACCAACUAUAUUUGUAUUUGGCCCCAUGUUCAUGAUCAAAAUAUCAACAAAACAUAAAUAUUAACAAAACAUUUAAUAGUUAUUGUUGCCACAAUAGAUUUUUCUUGAAAAUGUCAAUAUCAUACAAUACAGUAUAUUAAACAGUUAAAGGAGUACAAGACCCAAAGUUAUCUGUUUCUUUAAUGUAUAAGGGAACAAAACAAUAAUAUCUAAAUAACCGGGAAUAUCAACAUCGUAUGCACCUGGAAUUUAAAUGCUCAUGUUAGCCAUAUGCCCUGAGUAUAACCUCGUUGACCUCCACGCUUAAUUUAUUUAUUUAUUUAUUUAUUAUGCUUUGCCAAUUUCACACAAUCAUAUCUACACAAAUACAAACACAAGAAUAUACAAACUAUCAAUCAAUCAAUGGCAGGGUAUAUGCUACAGCUUUACGCCAAUUACAGCAGCCCUUACAGAACGAACAUGACACAUUCUACAUUAGAUCUUUAGUAAUAUAAAAGGCCAGUUUGCACCCAGGAAAACCCUCCGCAGGAUAGUAACGGAAGGAAAGUUACAUAGUGCUAAAGUCGUUAGUUCCAACGCCGUCCGCUCCUGCGGAAAAUUUUCCUGAGUGGAAAUUAGCCGACAAUGAAGCUUAACAAGACCAACACAGGGACACACAUUAGAAUUAAUAACAACACAAAAUAAUACUAGAUUCUCCUUAUUACGUUUUCGUAGCGCUUUGCAUUGUGGUUAUAGUGGUAUCAUUGAUAUUCAAGAUGGCUUAUUUUUUGUCCUGACCCGUGCAAGAACUUUUUAAAAAAGCUAGGGUCAGGUGCGCGAUAGCCAACAGCAAAAUAUUCGCGAAAAUAUUUAAUAUUUUCAUUCGAGGCCGCUAUCUUUAUCAGUGAUACCACUAUAACCACAAUGCAAAGCGCUACGAAAACGUAAUGCGUGCGUGAGGGUCAAUCAGAUAGAAACACUCCCUAUGUUUUAUCAAGGCCGGAUAAUAAUGAGAGGGAAUUUCCUCACUAAUGAUAACAAGUCCUUGUAGUUCUUGUUUGUAAUCAAUUACACAAAUUAAUUAAGGAUAUUAUUUGUCGAGUCAGCAGGUACAUUUUUUUCUGAGCCACAAUGGGCAAUUCAGUGUCACUCAUCACAACAGGUGGUUCAGUAUCACUCACCACAAUUGAAGGUUCAAUGCUGUGUGCCCCAGUAGGCAAAUCAAUAAUCAAUAUUUUGCUCAGAUCGACAACAAAUAUCGAAAUUGAACUCCUUCUCAAAACAUGAUACAAUAUUAAACAAGAGACAAAUACACGACACCCGGUGGCUAAUGAAUCAAGUGAUAAGAUUAUUAUUCAUUGCUUUGAAAUACAUUUUGUUGCCUGGCAAUAAAAUACUAUUUAAUGUCGUUGGUGACCAUCAGUUGAGUUAACUAAGGCCUGUUUCAAACGUCGCAUCAGCUAAUUAUAUAUUGUUUUAAUGCGUUCGGCACAUGCGAAGCGCGACGUUUGGAACAGGCCUAAAAGGUUAGUAUAGGCUGUUAAAGAGAUUCACUAAACUAUUAAAGGCACACUGCUAGUGCUUAGCUUCUUCUAGACUUAACAUCAGAACAGCCAUCGCCUUCCCUCGGAUAAAAAUUGCCAUAAUUUGUAGAUUGCUGUGCGCCCGGCAAGCAUAAUUAAUUUUCGUAACUCACCUGAAUUGCUGACAUACAAACACGAAUCGAGAUUCAAGUCUACUAAACUUGGCGCGCGGUAAGGAGACUGCCUCUGUCGAGAAUAGUGUGCUGCCUCGCUGAGGCUUGGCAGCAAAGAGGCUUCACCAGAAAAGGUGUCUGUCCUACUGACUGCGAAACAGUGGCGGCGGAACAUUUUUUUGAGGGGGGGGGGGGGCAAAUUUUACGGACCUAACAUAUUUUCUAAUACACGUACCGGUUAUAUAUAUAAACCGUAUAUAAGCAAAUAUAAACUUCAAAUAUGGUACCAUAUAUAAACUUCAAAAUUUGGAAUCUUAUCCGGGGUUUUUGGGGAGGGGGGCUUUGGCCUCCCACUUUUAUUUUCAGCCUCUAUUCUGCCAAAAAGUCGAAUCGCGUGUAGAAUGAUCUCAAAACAUAUCGAUCUUAUCCCCAAAAUUAUGUUGGUGUUUGAUGAAUUAUGAUUAUUUGGAUUAUUAUUAUGAUUAUUGGCGUUUGAUGAAUUAUGAUUAUUUGGAUUAUUAUUAUGAUUAUUGGCGUUUGAUGAAUUAUGAUUAUUUGGAUUAUUAUUAUGAUUAUUGGCGUUUGAUGAAUUAUAAUUAUUUGAAUUAUUAUUGAUUAUUGGCGUUUGACGAAUUAUUCAUGAUUUAUGAAUUACGAAAUCAAUAUACAUCUAUUCUAUUCUACAUGUACAGUAUAAUAAUUACAAUGAGCCUCGUCCUUCGGAUUCAUGCAAUUUUCAUAGUCUUUGAAAAAUUUACUCGUUCAUGGUUUUUCCAAAUUGCACUCGAAACCAUACUAUUACCUAUACAUAUACAGUAUUAUUGGCACAAUUAAUACUUGACUGUAUCAAUAGAGGCACAGAAACUUUAGUUUCACUAACGUUUUGCUAUUUUUACUCUGUCUUUUGUAGAGAAAUGCAAAAACUAACAAUAAUGACAUAAUCGAUGGACCAGAAGUUGUUCUCUCUGUAGCACUGUAUCACCCAGUUAAGGUAUUAACAAUUUUGUAUGAUUAUUAAGUGGAUUAUAUGACACAAGUAUACAUUGAUUGUAUUCAAUGCAAUUAAAAUCUUUUUUAUCCAUUCUACAUGUAAUAGUUAAUUAAAGUUCAAGAAUUUCUAGUCGUUGGAAGACAGGUAUGAUAUUGUAACGAAUUUUGUAUUCAUAUAGACGAGUCAUAAGAACCUUUAAUUCUUCUUGCUUUUUUGUGCGAUUUGGAUCUCAGCAAACAAAUAAUUUGUUUUAUAGUCAUCCAUGUGGGUGUCUAUCUAGUACACGUAUGUCGUCACCAUCCGUCCCAACGCAGAUGAUAAAUAUAUAUGAGAGGAUAGGUUUUUUAGGCCUGAUCCUCGUUUUAGGCUUGAAUUUGUGUCUAUAGCUCUCAGCUUUUUCGCCAAUGUACAGAAAACUACGGAUGUCACCGAAGUGUGCGAACGCAUCAAAAGUUCGUUCUAUAAAAAGGUGAUCGGCUGUUUAAAAUUAGAAUUGUAAAAUGGCAUUUAUGCACGUCUUAAUCGUCGUAUUGCUGCAUGUAUCAGAACUUCGUAUGAAGGUCGAAGCUUCUUAAGAUCGUAAACUUGCACGAGUUUAACCACAUGAAUUUUAUAACGUGUGAUUAUUUUGUCGUUUUCAGACCUUGACUGAAUUACGUGACAAAAUAUAUUGUCCGGCAGAUUCCAUUGUUGUUGGGGAACACAGCGAAAACCCAGAAUUCACGACAGUUACAACUGCCAAGGUGAGCAAAAUUAUAGUGAUUUUUUCUGUGUUGGUGUAAUAUACUCAGGUGAAUAUGAUGCUUGUGAUGUUACUCAGAGUAUAUCCACACCGGGCAAGCUUGAAAAAUAUGCCUGGCCUGGCCACGGUGGGAAACAUGCCCAAAUAUGCCCACCGUGGCCAGGCAUAUUUUUCAAGCUUGCCCGGUGUGGGUAUACACUCAGAGUAACAUCACAAUCAUCAAAAUUAUAGUGAUUGACCGAUUGUGCAACAAUCGGAAAUUACCUAUUUAUAUUCAUGCCACAAUCUAUACCCGACACCGAUUUUAUAAUGACGUCAUAAUAUCAGUCCACCGGUUAAAGGUGACGUCAUUCAUGUCGAUUUUUAAACGAUAAUUUUCUAACGUAACAUGCAUGUUACUGCAACCUGUUUUAGUCAAUCGGAAAUAUAGAUAAUUCUACAGAUUCCGAUUGUCUACUGAUAAGGCAGAAAUCGGCCCGAUGUCGAUAACGAUUCAAUCAAUUUUUAUUUAAAAUGAAAACACGCUAGCCUCGCACAACUGAAAGCUGAUUUGCAGGAGGGGCGUGUUAUAUAAAACAUUAAAAUAUAUAUAAUAAUAUUACUAAGUGCACGAAAUCGUAGUGUUGGUAGUCGUAAAUAGUACAUACAUACAUACAAAACCUUAUUUAAACCACGCUAGCCUCAACAACCGUGGAGGCUGAUCUCCAUGAGGAGCGUGAUGAAAUUACCUAUUUAGAAGAAAUACAGAAAUACGACAGGAAAAUACAGGUGAUUUUAACUGCACGAUCAUGCACAAGCAAGUUUCAACUCAUUCUUUGUUUCCUGCUAAAUUUAUCCUGCUACCAAAAUCCGUAGCCUGUGUACGGACUGUAUUAUGCUGUAAUAUUAAAGAUGUGAAAAUUCGACUUAGUUUUGGGUAGUUGAUCCUAAUUAGCCUUUCUCACGCCGCCAUUUUUGGGCCGCAACCUUUUUAGAACAGGGAUAAUAAGCAGUGAAAUGUAAGUAGUUGCAAGUAUAGUCAUUAUAAAUUGAUUUUCUGUUAAAUAUUUGAAAAAUUAUUUUCACAUCGCUUAGAUUUUUCACGUUGUUUAUAAAAUAGUACCCGUAAAUGGCGGAUUUAGACCUUUAUGAGAAAGGCUAAUAGGUCAUAGUUAAACUCAGUGGAUUCCAAGUUAGGAACAGGAAGUUAGGAACUCAAGCUCGCCCGGUGUGGAUAUGCACUCAGAGUAACAUCGCAAACAUAUUAUUCACCUGAGUACACAACACCAACACAGAAAAAUUCAUAUUAGUAAGAACACAUUGGUAUAGAAGGAACUAGAUACUGUUCCGAAAUAUCACUUACUCGAACCGUCCUGACCGCGUAGCUCAGUUGGAAGAGCAUUGGGCUAGUAUUCCAAAGGUCGGAGGUUCGAAUCCCACCGUGGCCGGGCAUAUUUUUCAAGCUCGCCUGGUGUGGAUAUGCACUCAGAGUAACAUCGCAAACAUAUUAUUCACCUGAGUACACAACACCAACACAGAAAAAUUCAUAUUGUAACAGGAAGUUAGGAACUUCUAACAGGAACUGAGGAAAAUUCAAUUGGGUUUUAGCAACAUUGCAAAUUUCCUCAAGGGAUUUGCAAGGGAGUUUUUUAAAUUGCAAAAGUAAUGAAGAAAAUUGCAAUCAAUUUUGAAACUCAAAAGAGGAACGCUUCGCGUAGUUUACCUGUAAGGCCUAAAAAAUACCUGUGGUUCCCGUUUCAUAUCGUGAAAAAAUUAGGGUCGGUAGGUCGGAAAUAAAUUUUUUUUAAAAAUAUUUAUUUCAUGGAUUUCGCUGGGCGAUUUUCAGUAGAGUCCCGGCAUCAAUAUCAAUUAGAGAUGCGUAUUUCCUAUAGACGAAUUUAGGCAAUUUGGUUCAAUAAUUAGUGUGACAACAGACGCCAUUCUGGCACGCUGUAUGAGCAGCCCGCAACCACCCGGAGGAAAUAGGGUCGCGCGGUCAAUAGCGUUGAAAAAAAUAAUAGGGUCGGCAGAAAAAAUUAGGGUCGGUCGGGAACCGGAACCACAGGUAUUUUAUUUUUAGGCCUAAAUGAAAAUUCAUGCAAACGUUAGUUAAAAGAACUCAAAUAUUGACAAGAAGAUCUCGUAUUUCAAGAAGAAUAUUAUUGCUGCUCGAAUAACCUUUCGUUUGCGAUUAUACAGGGUGUCUAAAAAAACGCUAUAGAAUUUCAACAUGCUGUUGUGCAUCACAAACUUAACUAAACAAUUCAAUUUUUACAUAGGACGAAAGAGCUGUUAUUUAGCUUUUUUAUGAUGUAUUUCUUAAACCGUAACGAUGAGAAAUGGCCACAUACUCGUCAAAUAAAAAUGUUCUGUUGAAAUCACAUUCUUCCACCGUUGGGAAUUGAAAAUUUUGUUAUGCAAAGUUAAUCCAAAAGCACCGCGAGUCUGCUGCAAGGUACUUGUUUCGUAAAACGUUUUGAUUACGAAUGUUCUCUGUUCAGUGGUUAAUGGACCAUGUUUAAUGCAAUAAUGGACGUUCUUAUGGGCUCAUUAAGACGAAGAUUGACGAGUUGAGCUUAUUUUAGAUAAUUUAACAUUCAAUUUUAAUUCCCUCUUGGGAACUGUUUAUGUUUCGUUUUCCAUGCAAUUCCCAACGGUGGAAGAAUGUGAUUUCGACCGGCAAUAUUUAUUUGACGAGUAUGUGGCCAUUUCUCAUCGUUACGAUUUAAAAAGAGUAUCAUUGAAAAGCUAAAUAACUGUUCUUUCGUCCUAUGUAAAAAUUGAAUUGUUUAGCCACGUUUAUGAUGCACGACAGCCUGUUGAACUUCCAUAGCGUUUUUUUUAGACACCCUGUACGUAUACUACAAUCGGUCAACAGAUAAGUAAUGUAGUUUUGCUGAAUCGUGCACCGUGACUUAUGUCAAUACAUCAAAAUCACUCCAUCUCACUCCUUGUAAAUAGCCGCUUGAUCGAUUAUUUAUAAAUAAAAUUGUUUACUGUGUAUAAGUACAUCUUCUUCACGUAUAACAAAAGAAACAGAAAACCCUUCUCGUGGUUUUAUGGCGUUUGUAGUUGAACUCGGGAAUAUUGGGAGAGCACGGGGAAAGCGUACAAAUGCCUCGUGUGUUCCACGCUUCUCUUGUGUUCUCCCAAGAUUCCCCUCGUGCAUCAUAAUACCAUAAAAGCACGCGAUUCGUUCUCUAUUUCUCAAACAAUGUUAUGUAAAAGAGUAAAAUGUAAAAUGAAAUUUUACUGCUAUUUUUUAGGAUAUAUGCCCAUCUGGUUUUAUAUUCAUUGAAGGUGUAUUUUACAAUGAUACGAGAAAUUAUUUAUGUCGCAAUUAUAGCAAGUGAGUAAACCGUGUCUCUUUUUUUGCGCCCGUGGAGCGCAUGCAUUGCAGUCAGGUUUGAGCAAGAAUAUUAGGAGGUAUUUGCAUGAUCAAACGUCGCUGUUGAAACGUCACUGUUAAUACGCCUAUGUUUAACAAAUAUAAAUAACUUUCCGUGUUGAUUAUCAACUGUAUAUCAACACGAGUGGAAAUUGGGAAAACGAGGAAUUGUGUGGAAACAGGACGCCCGGAGUGUUUUGAGACAAUUUCACAAUUUCAAAAGUGUUUUCACAAAUUACGGUACAUCAAUUUGAAAGUUAGUAAAAAUGGUAUUACCUCCUCCCUCCCUCGCCAACAAUUUUGGGAAAAGAAAUAUUAAUUAGCGACCGAGAUGUUGUCGGCAAAUGCGAUACUACACCCCCACCUUAGCCUGUUCGCUACGGUCCUGUGUACAAUAGUACAUUGCCAGAAACCGGAAUUUAAUCACGGAACUUGUAAUUUUAAACUAGCGUAUCAUAUAUCAUUUCAGAAGCGUUAUUCCUGAUGAUGACUGCAAAUGAGUUGAAACGUAAAAUAAAAAUGUUAUCCGAGUGCAACAGGGAUGUUUAAAACUGUACAUUCAGUCCAUAAUGCGCGACUUUGCAUGAAAUUGGGACAAACGAUAUUGUUGGGCCUUACUUAUCCUCGUUCCCAGGACAUUACAGCCGCGCGCGACCUUCAUAGGUCCUGGGGCACGCGGAACCAGAAGUACAUGAAAACUUGCAAUAGUUAAGUAGUUUCUAAAGCAUAUGCUCUUGAAUGGACCUAUUCCCUAAUGAACAAAAUUUUGAUCUAGACAAGUCUAGACAAUAUUAGAAUGUUAGGGUUUGUAAUCCAAGUGAGUGUAUAUACAUUUUAAGACCUAACCAGGAACGACUGCGAAAAAUGCAGCACAAGGUCCUGAAAGAGCACUGAUCACAAAAUUAGUAAUAUUCCGAAGUUUCGGUGCGAAAUGUUGUAAAAUGCGGAUAAUAUAUCCCUGCGAAGUUUGCCGUUUUUCAGUCAUUUUGUGUUACGCACGGGACAUUGAUACCGCUUUCUGAAAAAGGUAUCAAUUUCCCGCGCCUAAUACAAAAUGACUGAAAAACGGCAAACUUCGCAGGGCUAUAUUAUCGGCAUUUUACAACAUUUCGCAACGAAACUUCGGAAUAUUACUAAUUUUGUGACGCUCUUUCAAGCUGUGAUGAAAUGUUUGUCUGGACCUGAUGAGAUCAAAAUUUUGUUCAUUAGGGAAUAGGUCCAUUGGGACACUUGAGCACCCGUAACAAUUUUCACAGACAAGUAUUACGACGAAACGAAUUAUUUGUGUUGACAUAUUUCGAUAGAAAAAUUUUUGCCUAGUGAAAACUGCUCAACAUCUGCGAAAUUAUAGUAGUUUUCUGAGAAACCAAUCAGAUCUCUCCCUUUAGUUGUCUAACCCAGAGCCUAAUUUGCAUCGAGUGACCGAGUGAAAAUGGCUCUGAGGACGAGAAUGGGACUUACUACACUGUCACUGUAUCUGUCUUAUGUAGAGUAAUCAUGGAGUGGACGAAUGAAAAACAUAAAGGUCAGCAACCUCGAUACGGUGUUUGCACUAGCAAGAAAAUGGAAGAGACGAAGUUUGAAGAUUUAACAAUUAAACUUGGCUAUCCAUAUGUGUAUACACACCAGGGUAACUGUGAACAUUUGCUGAUAUUUCGCGAUUUAAGGUACAGUUUUGAUGCAGUUAUGCUCCUUCAUGCGAUUAGAAGCUAUUUUAAAUUCCCAAGAGUAGAAAAUCUUAUACUUAGCAAGAAUAGAGUUAUUUAUUAAAGUAUUGUUUUUUAAUACACCCUUUUUUACGCUUCCGUCGGUUCAGCAUAUUUAAUGCUCAUGCAUUCAAAUUAUUACAAUAGGAAAAUUUCAAAAGGUAUACGUUUUUCGGACACUCUUUCUAAGUAAAUUAUUUAUUUCGCACGUGUUUCAUGCAUGCAUACUAGUGAGUAUAUCUCAAACUCAUAAUUCAUGAGUAAAUUAGCCAACCGUAUUGCGUUAUUUUUGCAAAUUUGCUCACAUGAUAAUACUGGAUACAUGGUGAAGUAUAUUGAUUAAGUCCUUAGACUGGAUCAAAAUUAAUUCACCUCACUAAAGUGAUUACUUAAAAGUAGUGAUUUAUUCGUAUGAGAUGUCAUUUCAAAUCCUCCAAUUUGGACUGCAUGGACUACAUUUCAAGUCCUCGUAUUUUGAUCUAGCCUCGCAUGCAUUUCUCAACUGUUAUGUUCUCUCAAAAUAUGUUUGUCAUAUCUUGCGUAGUUCUCGAAAUAUUUACACGAAAAUUAAAUGAGCUCUCCGACAUCUUGGACUAAUUCUUGACCUCAUUAACUAAUGGUCUUGAUGACGCCAGGAAUUGGAUUAACAUAUCAAACUACUCUAAAAUGACCGAGUAACAAUCCAAAAUUGUUUGAAAUGUUUCAAAUCAUUUCUAAAUUUCAGACAGCAACCAGAAACGAAGUUUUGGACCCAUAUUGAUCGCUUACUCUCAACGGAUAAAGAGUCUCAAUAGGGAGUUUACGAUCCACGACGCGGCCGGCUCAACGACUCGGUCUAAAUUUCAGCUCAAGAAUGAGCGCUAAGCAAGUUGAUUACUGUAAUAAAUAUUUGACGUUUUUUCAAAUAACCUUACAAACUGCUACGUUCGGCUGAAGCGAUGCACUAUUUGCUGUAAUUUCGACUUUAAGCAACACCUCUUGAGGCUCAUUAACUAUUAAGCUUUCACGUUGCCUGAAAGACGCAAUAAUGCUUGUUUAACGUUGUGUUGAGAAUGACAACGCGGUUGAGAAUACCCCUGGGACCGCGAAUUAUUCACAGUUUUUAUCUCGCAUAAAUAAAUUUCUUUGUUUUGAAAGCGUGUCGUCGAGCCGGUUUGAGAUUCGAGGGGAAACAAAACUAACAAUUUCCCGAGGGAACAUAAUUAAGCGUUUUGUUAUACAGGGUGUCCCAAAAACCCCGAAAACUAUUGAAAUAACGUAUUGUUUGGCCCGGUUUAGACGCCGUACUUUUCAUGAGCCGAACUUAAUACAAUGAAUUAAGCACAUGAGAAGCACGGCGUCUAAAUCAAUUAAGCACUGCACUUAAUAUUAAGCACGGCUAAAUUAAUAAGUUCGCCUGGUUCAGGCGUGCUACACGGCUGAAGCACAUGUUGAUUUAUACUGUCGUGCUUUACAUGAGCUCUGACAUGAACCGUACCAAAUGCAUAAAUUAUGAUAAUAUAGAUCAUUUAUAGUACGCGAGCGUUGAUUGGUCGAGAGGCGUGUUUCUACACGGGAAAUUUCCCGCCUAAACUUACAAUCGUAAACAAAACAAUUUUAAUGGGCCUUAUCGGCAAAUUUCGCAGUAGAAUUUCCCUUUCUUUUCUUUAUAUACGUCAAUUUGUAACAAAGGAUACAUCUUUCGUUAGAUUCUUUGCAUAAAAGUUGCGAAAUUAAGGCUUAUAGCGAUAUUUGCUGAUAAAGGCAAAAAGGGUUUCUUGCAGUGUAAUUAAUGGAGCAAAGGUCGGCAUUAUUACGUAAUGAGAAUUUGUAAAUAUAUCGAGUAAACUACAAAUCUUUUUUUAGUUAUAUUAUGAAAUAAAUAUAAAACAUUUAUUAUGUGUGACCCAUACAGUUAUAAAAAACUCGCCAAUAACGUGGAAAAACUCGCCCUAAGCCAGUGGCGUACCCAGCUCGAUAAUUGGGGGGGGGGGGGCAUAUUCAUAUAUUCGUGUUCUGCAUUAUUAGUUUCUUGUGAAAUUGAUUGUCUUUACGAUCUGUGAAUACGAAUAUAUGAAUAUGCCCCCCCCCCCUCCCCCACUUAUCGAGCUGGCUACACCAGUGCCCUAAGAGUAUAGAUCUCGUUUUCCCACACAUUAUAUCCAGGCAUUAUGCUAUGUUUGUAGUAAUAAGGCUUUUCAAAAAGCAUUUGAAAUUUUUAAUAACCGCAAACCUGUAGACGCUCAGAAAUGCCAAGAUUGUAUGUGAUAAACCUUUUUUUUCUUAUUAUGAAAUGUCACUCGCCCCAGGUUUCGAAGUGAAGCAGCGCAAAUUAUUAAGUACGGCUCAUGAAAAGCACGCCUAUCUAAAUCAAAAUUGGAAGUACGCCUAUUUUACUCGAGUAAAAUAUGAAUUAAGUUCGGCUCAUGAAAAGCACGGCGUCUAAACCGGGCCUUAGAAUCUGAAUGUCUCAGCACUCUGCUGAACCCACGCGUGCAUCAAAGCUUGCCGUAAGUAAAUUUUAUGCAUGAAAAAACCGUUUAAGGUGGCUCGAUACAGUUUUCAAAAAUUCAGGUGUUUAACACUUUGACAUGUUCAAACUACGCAUUUUUAGGAUUUAUUCAGCAGAUAUUGGGUUUUUUAUAUAUUUUGAUAACUCUACUUUCAAAUUAUAUUCGUUUUAGUAACAGAUAGUUCGUUGCUAUGACGACAUAUGUGUACGAAAUUGACUCCAAAAUGGCCUAUCGUCUCGUAUAGUUGGAAAAAAAGCAUGGUGACCCCCAAUUUUUUUUCGUGCAUUAUUUUACUUGGACGAAAAGCUAACAAUUAGCAAAAUAUAAAAAAUUUCUGUAAUGCCAUUUUUUUUGGAAAAUGCGAAAAUGUCAUAUUCUUUGGUAACAUUUUUUUGGCAUUACAGAAUUUUUUUAUUUUUUGUAUAAUGAAAAUUUUUAGCGGUGCAAUACAGCAUGCAAAAUUUGAACAUAGGUCACCAGACAAAAUAAAGAGAUAUAGCGCAUUGUUUUUUCUAAAAUGGAAAAUUCUAAUGACGUCAGCAAUUGACAUAAAACGCUAUAGAACACGCGCAAUGGCGUGAGAUGGCGCGAGCAACUGCUCACGUCAGGUCAUGUUGGAAGUUCUUUCAUUUUGUUAAUCAGUUUCCGCGACCUGCGCGUAAAAAUGGUCACCCGGUUUUGAGUUCGUGAUUCUUGAACAGGGUUUUUGUGAUAACUAUAUCGGGCCACCUUAAGAAGCUGUUUUAAAUUCCCAAGAGCAGAAAAUCGUACGCUUUACAAAGAUAUUUUAAUUUCUUAAUAAGUCAAUAGUUAAUAUACAGGGUGUCUCAAAAAAACCCAAAAUCAUUGAAAUUGACGUAUUGUUCGAUAUUCAAUGCCCUAGCACUAAGUUAAUCCCACGAGUGCAUAAAAGAUUGACAUAACUGCUAUAAUGAAUGGUAAUACUCAGCGUAAACUUGUUAUGUCGGGCAUAAAGUACUAAACCCACGAAUGCAUAUUACGCAUAUUACAAUUUACGAAGCAUUUUUAAAUUCCCAUGAGCAAACAAACGUUCACUUUACAAAGAUAUUUUAAUUUUUUAAAACAAAUUAAUCACCCUGUCAAAAUCCUUUGUGUUACGGCAUUGAAAUUCGAACAAUACGUUAUUUCAAUGAUUUUGGUUUUUUUUGAGACACCCUGUAUAAAAAAAAGAGACCUUUAGAAAUCAAGCAUAUUGUUAGAAAUUUGAAUGCCUCUUCAAUUGCACAUAUGCAUAUAUUAGUGCAUAUACAUAGUGCAUAUAUUAGAAAAAGGAGACCUUUAGAAAUCGAAAUAACGUUUAAACACAAGAUUGGCUGCUCCUGGGAACAAUCUGCCAUGGAACCUGGGAAUAAUCUGCCAUGUACAUACAGGGUGUAUAAAAAAAAACGCAACCUCGGAAUUUCCCAAGAAAUCGACAUUGUUUUAAAGACAAAAGAUUUUAGGCGCCUGGGAAUUUAAAAUAGCACAACUGUCAAAAUUACUGCACACGCGAGUGCAUAAAAAAAAAAUUAUGCAUUUAUUAUUAGACAACAACAGUAAUAUGAUCUAUUAGCAAUGCGAUUGCAAUUCCCAGGGGCCUAAAAUCUUUUAUGCUUAAGAAUUGCAAAGUGAUUUCUUAGGAAAUUCCGAGGUUGCGUGUUUUUUUUUAUACACCCUGUACAUCACCGACUUAUUGUCAUUUAAACCCGAAGGCAAUUACCAUUUAGGAUCAGAUGAUUAUUCGUUGCUGCAAAUUCCCAAAACAAACUCAAAAACACUUGGAGAUAGAUCUGCAUUUAAGCAUGCUGCUCCUCUAAUAUGGAACUCUCUCCCACUUAACAUUAGGCGGUGUGAAACUGUUAACUGUUUUAAAACUCAUUUAAAGGCAUUUCUAUUUAGGAAGGCGUAUAAAUAGACCAAUUUUUAAGAACUAUUAGUGUAUAUAUACAGGGUGUCCCAAAAAAAAGUGACACUAUAGAAAUUAUCUCAUUGUUCUUAAGCCGCUCUUAAACGCGCGUGAUUACACGCCUGGCAAUUUAAUGAACUUGUAUUUAAUUUAAGCAUUUUAAAACGUUUUCGCUUUGUCCAAAUAUUUUAACGCCUGAGUCAAGCAAAACGUACCCUGGUUCCAGAGGUUUAAAAUAAACCUCUGGUGGUUGAAAGCGGCAAUUGAUUCAUCGAGCCGCGCCAAUCAGUUUGAAAUAGGGUCAGAUCCUGACUCUGUCUCCUGAUUGGAUGAUUGUAUCAAAGCUCUCUGAUUGGUUAUAGAUGUUUUAUUUGAAUCAAUCAGAGAGCUUUAAUACAAUCAUCCAAUCAGGAGACAGAGUCAGGAUCUGACCCUAAUUCAAACUGAUUGGCGCGGCUCGAUGAAUCAAUUGCCGCUUUCAACCAGAGUUUAAACCUCUGGAACCAGGGUAAGCAAAACGAUUACACUAAUAAACGAUUUGCUUUUUUAUUUUAAGUUCCAGAAGCAGAAGUUUAUGCACCUGUGGGAUCAACUUAGUGCUAGGGCAUUCAAAUUAUAACAAUAGGAUAAUUUCUAUAGUGUCACUUUUUUUUGGGACACCCUGUACAGGGUGUAUCAAAAAAAGCGCAACCUCGGAAUUUCCCAAGAAAUCGACAUUGUUUUAAAGACAAAAGAUUUUAGGCGCCUGGGAAUUUAAAAUAGCAUAACUGUCAAAAUUACUGCACACGAGAGUGCAUAAAGCAAAAUUUAUGCAUUUAUUUAAUGCACAACAACAGUAAUAUGAUCUAUUAGCAAUUCGAUUUCAAUUCCCAGGGGCCUAAAAUCUUUUAUGCUUAAGAAUUGCAAAGUGAUUUCUUAGGAAAUUCCGAGGUUGCGUUUUGAGACACCCUGUACAGGGGUUAGGUUAAAACGCGGAAGCGGAUGCGGAACGGGACGGAUGCGGAACGGAUAUGCGGAACGGAACGGAACGGAUAUGGGGUUAAAAUGCGGAACGGAACGGAAAUGCGGAACGGAACGGAUAUGGGGUUAAAAUGCGGAACGGAACGGAUAUGGGGUUAAAAUGCGGAACGGAACGGAUAUGGGGUUAAAACGCGGAACAUGAAAAAUCAUGCCUGUUUUUAAAAAACGUUUUACUCCCGUUCCGUUCCGCGUUUUAACCCCAUAUCCGUUCCGUUCCGAUUUUAACCCCAUAUCCGUUCCGUUCCGCAUUUUAACCCCAUAUCCGUUCCGUUCCGCAUUUCCGUUCCGUUCCGCAUUUUAACCCCAUAUCCGUUCCGCAUUUCCGUUCCGUUCCGCAUUUUAACCCCAUAUCCGUUCCGCAUAUCCGUUCCGUUCCGCAUUUUAACCCCAUAUCCGUUCCAUUCCGUUCCGCAUUUCCGUUCCGUUCCGCAUUUUAACCCCAUAUCCGUUCCAUUCCGUUCCGCAUUUCCGUUCCGUUCCGCAUUUUAACCCCAUAUCCGUUCCGUUCCGCAUAUCCGUUCCGUUCCGAAUUUUAACCCCAUAUCCGUUCCGUUCCGCAUAUCCGUUCCGCAUCCGCUUCCGCGUUUUAACCUAACCCCCCUGUACAGGGUGUCUCAAAAAAACCGCUACCCUUAGAAAUUCACCAUUGUUCUAAUUUGAAUGCCUGAACCUUGUUGAAGCCAUGAAUGUGUAAACAUUUUCACAGGAUGCAUAUAUUAAAGAUCUUCGGAAAAAGCAAAAUUUUUUAUCCUGGGAAUUGAAAAUAGUUCAUACAAAAGUAUAACUGCACGAAAAUCGUUCAAUUACAUAUUAGUGAAUGUCAAGCAAAUGGCUCAACUGAGCACAGAGCAAAGAGUAUUUUUUGUCUUAAAUUACCCAUGAGUUCAAGAUAGCACUCAGGCAUUCAAAUUAGAACAAUGGUGAAUUUCCAAGGGUAGCGGUUUUUUUUAGACACCCUGUAGAACGCAUGUUACGCACUCGUGGGCUUAGCAAAGUGCUCCGAUGGAUUCAAAUUAUAACAAUGGUUGGUUUCUAAAGGUCUCCUUUUUCUAAUAUACGCACUCAUCAAUAUUUCACGCACCACGGUUCAGCAUAUGUGCAAUUGAAAAGGCAUUCAAAUUUUAACAAUAUGCGUGAUUUCUAAAGGUCUCCUUUUUUUAUACACCCUGUAUGCACCCUUGCCAAUAUUUUACGCACCUUUGCGUUCAACUUAGGGCCUGUUUAUAUGGAAGCCGGGCUGGCCCGCUUAGCGAGACAGCCCGGUAAGCGAGAUCUCGCUGUGUAGUUAUUUUUAUAGUGAAAAUUAUCGUGCAUUUAUAUGGACAAGCGGGCUGGCCCAGUUGCCGAGAUCUCGCUUGAAAGAGGCGAGAUCUCGCUUACCGGGAUGGAAAUUUCUCCAUAUAAACACUCACAAGCGGGCUAGCCCGGUUGCUGGGAUGAAAUUUCAAAGAUACCGCCGCAAGCUAUUUUUAACAACUGUCAAAACAACAUCAAUGUAACAAAAUUGUCCCGGCAAGCGGGCAAUCUCGUACCCAGAGCCAUCGUUGAGUGGCUCUGGCCACACGGGAUUGAAAAACGAUCCUGAUUGGUCGAUCCAUAAGCUAUUGGACCAUACCCCCUGUGGCGUUCACGAGCGCGGCCAAUAUGAGUGAAUACGAUAUAUUUGCUAAUAUUUUGCCUGAAAAUUUGCUUAUUUCGACGAAUUUUUUGUUGCUUUUCGUCCGAAAAAGUGGUGAAGGGAUUAAAGAGUUGAUUUAUGCAUACAUGAAUUCAUUUGGGCAAAAUAACAGGCUUCGUUAUGGUAAUAAUUCAUACUCUUGCUGAUAAGCAUGCUCCAGUCAAACAAAGAAGAAUAAGGAAAAAUUGUGCCCCAUGGCUCUCUGUAGAUAUCAAGAAAUUAAUAUGGGAACGAGAUCGAUUGAAGCGUAAAGCAGUUUAUACUAAUGAUGAAAAUGAUUGGGUCAAUUUCAAAACAGCUAAAAAUCUAGUUAACUAUAAAAUUAGAGAUAGUAAAAAGCAAUAUUAUAAUUCUCUGUUUCAACUCAACGUAGGUCGAACUAGAGAAACUUGGAAUGGUAUCAACAGUCUUCUUUCUAAAUCUAAAAAUUCAACUACUAUACCAAAAAUCUUGCAAGAUGAAAUCGAAAUUACUGACCCAGUAACUAUUAGCAAUGUUUUUAAUAAGCAUUUCACUGAAAUCGGACCUAAAUUAGCAGCACAAAUUCCAACAACUGGUGCGGCCUCUUCUAACAUUCCGCAAUGUAAUGAAGUUUUUGAAUUACAUGAAGUUACUCCAUCUCAAAUAGAUGGACUAAUUUAUAAAUUAUCGACUUCUAAGGCUAGCGGUCUUGAUAACAUUCCUGUUCGUUUAUUAAAACUAAUUAAUUUCACUACUGUGGUUUCACUUACUCACAUUAUUAAUCUAGUAAUUCGCAAGGGAAUUAUUCCCGCUGACUGGAAGUGUGCCAGGGUAUCAGCAAUUUAUAAACAUGAUUCAAAACUAGAUUUGAAUAAUUAUAGGCCUAUUUCAGUCCUUCCUGUAGUUUCAAAAAUUUUUGAAAAAGUUGUCUUUGACCAAGCAUAUACCUUUUUAAAAAAAAACAACCUUUUAUCUGACAUACAGUCAGGAUUUAGACCUCUUCACUCAACGUUAACAGCUAUGCUUGAUGUCACUGAUAAAUGGUACACUAACAUGGACAGUGGGUUAAUAAAUGCUGUCUUAUUCAUUGAUUUAAAAAAGGCUUUUGAUACCAUUGAUCAUAAAAUUUUACUACAGAAGUUAGCUUGUUACGGUUUCAACAAAGAAGCGAUUGAUCUUUUUAGAAACUAUCUUUCUGAUCGUACUCAAAUAACAGUUAUUAACAACAUACGAUCUGAUACUCGUAAAGUAACCUGUGGAGUUCCUCAGGGAUCUAUCUUAGGUCCACUACUGUUUUUAAUAUAUAUAUAAACGACCUACCUAAUAGUGAAUUGGUAUCAGAUGGGCGUUUAUUCGCUGAUGAUACCAACUUGACUUUUGCGGACAGCAGCCCUGACAAGUUGAUUUCUGUUCUAAAUGACGACCUUAAAACUCUCCAAAACUGGCUUAACCAGAAUAAACUAAGCCUGAAUGCGGUUAAAACUAAAUGUAUGUUUAUGGCAUCCAGGCAAAAAUUAAGUACUAUUCCUGAAGAACCUAAUAUUGCUAUCGCCGGAAACAAAAUUGAAAGAGUUAGAUCUUAUAAGUGUUUAGGUUUAAAACUGGACGAGAGUUUGACAUGGGAGCAUCAUGUUUCUACUAUAAUCUCCAAAGUCUCCAAGGUGAUUGGAGUUCUACGAAGACUAAAACCAUUGCUCCCACAGUCAACUCUUGUCAUGAUCUAUAACUCUUUAGCACAGCCUUACUUUGAUUAUUGUAGUAUUGUCUGGGAUAGCCUAGGUAAGGGUCUUGGACAAAGGUUACAGCGAUUACAGAAUAGGGCCGCAAGAAUUAUUACUGAAUCUGAUUAUAACAUCCGGUCAUCAGAUAUUUUAACAUCAUUGAAUUGGACCAACCUUGAAACCAGACGUACCCAACAGUUCAAAACUUUUAUGUACAAAACUGUUAAUAAUAUGGUUCCUAGUUAUUUGUCUGGAAAAUUUACUUCCACGUCAAUGAUACACGAACAUAGUUUGCGUGGAUCUAAUCAUAAACUUUUUGUACCAAGACCCUUAACGGAAUCCUUGAAGAAAAGUUUUUCCUGUAGAGGAGCUACCCUAUGGAAUGACAUACCCGUCGAACUCACUAGAGUUCAAUCUCUCGCUGAGUUUAAAUCUAAAAUAUCUUAAUAUUUCUUUUAUAUUAGUUUCUUUGCAUGUGUAGUUUGUUACUUUUGUAAAUAGUUUGAUACUUUUUUAUUAGUAAUUAGUCGACUAGUAUAGGUACACGUCUCCAUUGAAGAGCACAUAACAUAACCUGUGAAAUGGACCUCGUGUUUUAAAUAAAGAUGUCAAUCAAUGUCCUUGAUCUACUAUAUUGGAGUGUUAUUACUGGAAAGAAAUUCAAGCGUACAACACUUACAAGCGUACACGUAUGCUAGGACUGUGUUUAUACAAGAUUUGGGAUUUUUUAAUUGGACUGUAAAUGUAUGAAUCAUCAUGGUGUGAAUGUAACAAUUAAACAGCUGAAACAGCAUUUGGAUUCACUUGCAACUUGCUUGAUGGAAUUGUUUGAUGAUAUAUUGUUUCUGUUAACAGUAUUGCCUGUACAACUCUGUCAGAAACAUUGGUGUUAGUAGCCAAAAAAGAUUUCAUUAAAGCCAGGCCAUGUAAAGUAUGUAAUGUAAACAAACCCUUUGUUUACAUUCUGAACCCAGUGCUUUUGUUGUAGAAUAUUAGAUAUAUAUUAUACAUAAUGUUUAACUCUUCUGGUUUGCUAUGCUUGUAAAUGAAUACAGACCAGAGAUUCAAUUCAAGAAAGUUUGGAAGGUGCAAAAUAUUAAUAACAUUCCAAUGGUCGGGUCCCAAGCAUUAAUUGGAAUGUAGGCCUGCAGAAUGCAUGCGCAGAACAGACUUUACAUGGUCAUUAACAAUAGGAGUAUGUACUACAUACAGUAUAUAAUAAUAUGAAACCGCCUACACAAUUUAUACAAUGGUUCCACUAAAACUGGUAAAUGAAUUAUUGUCAACUAUUCCACAGUCUUGCUGUGCUGAGUGGUUAUAUAGUAAUACUACCUGGAAAAAAACAAGCAGAAACUCGACAUUGGCUACUAACUCUUGAUGAAGGGCCUUCGCUCGAACAUCAAAUUUUUGCUUGUUUUUUCAGGUAGUACUAUAUAUAAAUAUCAGAUGUUCAUUCUUGUAAUGGACAACUGAGUAUGCAACAAUUAACAAUUGUAUUUGAAGCCCAAUGCUCAACAAAAACAAAUUUACUUUUUCAGAAUAUGACUACUAAAACCAAAUUUUAGGUUUAUUAGUAAACUAUCAUGAUAUAACUUCAUACAUCUUUAACAAUUUCAGGACCGCCAAAAGUAGGGAUGCAGGCAAAAGCCCAGUUCAAAAGGGGCCUCCAAAGCACAAAGAGUUGUGUCAGUGCCAGAUAAUAUGCUGUAAAGUGUAAUAUAUUGUAAAACACCUCUUCUCCCAUUUAAUAAUUAUGAUGUCAUGGGACCCUUGGGAAAACUUAAUGAUGUCAUAUGGUUACCCUGGAAGAGUUUUACUCUGGGCCCUGCACAACCUCCCAGUGGUACCAUAAAAUAAAUUGCAAGUUCUGAAAAACCUUUAUUGAUUUCAAUAAUGUGUCAUUCUACACAUCAACCUAUAUCAAGCAAUACAAGCAUGAAAGUAUAAAUGAUAUUACACUUAUUCAAGCAGGGCAUUGUUAUUAGUCAGGCCAGGUGUGAUUCUUGAUUCUUUAACCUAACUACUUUUUAUCACAUAACUAAUGAGCAAUGCCACUUCUCCAACAAUACUAUUCCUUUCUUGAGUAUUUCAUUAUAUUAGACUCUUCAUUAUAAUGCAACAUGCCAAGCUGUUGACUGUUCCAGAAUACAGAACUGUACAAUUUUGACUAAUGAAACUGAUCAAUGCCACUUCUCCAACAAUACUAUUCCUUUCUUGAGUAUUUCAUUAUAUUAGACUCUUCAUUAUAAUGCAACAUGCCAAGCUGUUUACUGUUCCAGAAUACAGAACUGUACAAUUUUGACUAAUGAAACAGAUUUCCAUCAGUUUCUGGAUGUACUGGUAUUGGCAUAAUAAAAAGAUUAUCAAAUGUACAGUCCCAGGUGUAUCUGAAAGAAAUGCAAUACUAAAGUUAUAAAAUAGUCAACCAUUAAACACACACUGGUAUACUGCUACAGGCUUUUGCUCAAUUGCUACAGCAGUACAGGCCUUCUUUAUUGAGAAAAAUAUCUUUAUUUUAUCAUUGUAUGAAGAAUAAUAUUUGGUUUUAAAUUCCCUAGGUAUGAUAGAUUCAUAAUAAUGCAUGUAUAAUAGUAAUAAAUACUGGGUAUAUGAUCAGCUCACAGGAUGCUAUAGAAAUGCUGCAUUUUUAGGGGGUACGCAAUUUCUUUUGCGGUAUCCUAAAUAGACUACAAUUAGGAUGGAAAUUCAGAGCCCAAGAUUAAAAAAUUAACCUUGAAACAAAAUAACAUAAACAAUAUAAAUUGUAACAAAUUAAAGAAUAUUUAAAGUAUUAAACCAAGGCAGUGUGCAACAAGCAACGUUCUUGCUCAAGAAUAGCCUAUUUAAUAAAGCUGAGAGUCAUUAAAUUACAUUUAUUAACAUUUUGAAGCCAUUUGAGACAAAAUAAAUGAUCGAUGACUCGAUGAGUGUUGACAUGUGUACAAGCCGGUGUUUCAAUCAUCUCAAAUUACUUGUUAAACGGAAAUCACACGUGCACUCAGUAUCCUUGUUGUUCACACAAACUGCGCCGAACAUAUUUUAAUGCUUUUGACGGGAAAAAUUGCGAUUUUAUUGAUAUUUUCAGCAAAAAGUUAGCUCUCCACUCCUCUUGAAAAUACUAUGGCGCGCGCGAAUUCCCGGAGAAUGGGUACGAAAUAGUUAAUUGGAAAAUACUGUACCACAGAAUAAAGAACAGUAACAGAAGGGCCACUCAGCGAUGCAACGUGUCCGCGUUUUUUUAUGCAAAAAUAUGCAGUUUACUGGCCAGAAGGCGGAGCAACCAGCCAGUACAGCGUGUUUAUUGGCCAGAAAAUGUCAUUGACUGGCUAGGAAAAUGGCGGCCAACAUGCGUAAUGCGACAUGCGCGAGGACAGAAACAUCAAAGCUUCCGACGUAAGUGGCCCUUCUAUAUGGAUCUUUAUUCUAUGACUGUACUUUUACCGUAUUUUCUAAUUAACUCAACUCGUGUGGCCAGAGCCACUCAACGAUGGCUCUGGGUACGAGAUUGGCAAGCGGGAUGAAAUUUUCUCAUAUAAACACAAGAGAAAUUCAUCCCGCUUACCGGGCUGUCUCGCUAAACGGGCCAGCCCGGCUUCCAUAUAAACAGGCCCCUAGUGCUAGGGCAUUCAAAUUUUAACAAUACGUUAUUUCAAUGGUUUUGCGGGUUUUUUGGGACACCCUGUACAGGGUGUAUAAAAAAGGUAAUCGAACUUCAGCGCGCUAUUGUAUCUGAAUUACUCUGCGUAUGAACGAGAUUUUUUCACAUUCGGAAAUAUCAUGCUUUUAGCUGUUGAAUGAUAUCUUCUUCAUGCCAAAUGGAUAAAAAAUGAGCAAAUACGAAUCCGAUAAAAAAUGUUAGUCAGAAUCGCCUCUUUUCACCGUUGAGAGUUGGGUCUAAAACCAUUGAAAAUGAACCCCCUUUGGUACUUAAGUUGUGAAUUUCACUUCAAUAAACGACGCACAUAUUCAUAAUUAUUAUUAAGUAGGAAUAAAUCUUAGCUAAGCUACGACACGUUCGUGAUUAAUUGCUUUUUCUUUUGUUAUGCAUUGUUUUAAUUAGGCACAGAGGUGAAAAUAUGCGAUUUUGACUAACAUUUUUAAUCGGCCUCGUACAUGCUUAUUUUUUCUCCACUUGGCAUGAAAAGCAUGUCAUUCAAUAGCUAAAAGCCUGAUCUUUCCGAAUAUGAAAACCAAUUGUUCAUACCAGGGUUUUUUUCAGGAUUUUCUCUUGUUUUUGAGAAAGAUUUUGCAGAAAAGAUUGAGUUUAGCUGAACAGCUCGGGGUGUGGGGCAGCUGCGGGAGUCUGACACCUGUAGUAGGCUGUACCCAAUAAGUGUAGUUGAGACGCAAUGUGUUAAAGCAGACACUAUAAACUGGUUAAAGAUGGCGAAUGCGUUUGUUUUUCUUGUGUUGUGAAAUGAAUUCCAGCCAUUUUUUCCAGAUUGUCGAGUUUCCAACUGAAACUAAUUUCCACACGUCACGAAUUUUCAAACAACUUCAUUUUUACUGCACUGAAACUUUAGGUGAGAAGAUUGAAUUUCAAAACUCAAUUCAAGAUUGAGUUUUUGGGGCCGUAUUACGGUCCUAAAAAAUCCCUGAAAAAAACCCUGCAUACGCCGAGUAAUUCACGUAUAACAGCGCGCUGAAGUUCGAUUACCUUUUUUUUUUAUACACCCUGUACAACGACGAACAAAAAUUAACAUUCAUACAACAAUUGUAGUUCGUGACAAAAAUUCUAUAGUGCAUGUAAACGAGUUUAAAAUUAAAAGAACCUACUUAAAUGGUUUCAGCAGCAUAUCCUGUUGCCUGUUGUGUAUUUUUCUUCUCUUUUACAUUCUUUAUUUGAACACAAACAUGGAAAAUCAUAGUUUCUAAUUAUGCUAGUUGUGCCGCCAUUUUGUUUAUUUAUGUACGUAGCCGGUCGGAGCGGGCAACAAUUUUUCACUUAUUGCCCAGCGGGAUACAUUGCAUUUAAGUCACGUGACUACAAAUCAGCCAAUCGCGUUUGUUGUUCACCCUAGCUAUAUAACAACCCAUUUAUUGUGUGUUCUGUUUUCAUAUUUUGCUUUGCCUUUCUCUUUAGAAUGUUGCACGGUGAUGAUCCACAAAGUGUCUCGAACUAUCCUUUUCCCACAUUUCGACCCCGUCCGAAAAGACAAAGGUGCAUGAUAUGUUCAAUCUACAGUGCGAGGUAAGCCACAAAAGUUCAGUGUACGGUAUACGGUAUUUGGGGCUAAAUUUUUGCUUUGGUAGUUCAAUUUCUCCUUCGUGAUAUAUUCUGAAUGCGUAAUGAGCUAACUUGUGGGCCCACAGAUCGGAAUUUUAAUUAAAUUAUCUAUUGUUUGAAACAAAAAUGUAAACAAAACACGCGCUUGAGCAAAACGGACUUGACAGCCUCUUUAAGGUUUUGGAAGGACAACCUUAAUUGAGUCAGCUGUAUAAAGCCGGUUUUCCACAAGCGAAUUUUUUCGCGCGAAGCGACCUUUUUCCUUUGUCGGUAUCACCUAUUACGUAAACAAGACGUGGCAAAAUGGAUGCCGACAAAGGAAAAAGGUCGCUUCGCGCUAAAAAAUUCGCUAGUGGAAAACCGGCUUAAGUCAUGUUAGAGGGAUGUUUACUUUUUUACAAUAACAAUAUGCAAAUUAGGUAAAUGCAUGAAUUAAGCAUGCAUUUGUGCCAAAAAAUGAAAGUAUCAGCAGCUAUUUAAAGGAUUUAAAAUAGAGUAAAUUUUCUGAUAUUUGGAGCAUUGAUAAAACACAUAACAAAUUUCUCGCCCAUGAACUCAAAAUGCGUUUUAAACUUUUAAAUUUUGCGCGCAAACUAUUUUAAUACUGCUUAAAAAGACACACUUCUCUUGCUCUGGAAAAUGUAUCUUUAGGAAAAUGUUUUGUUGGUUCUACAUGAUAUAAGUACCCAAUUUAUCAAAAAUUUCAUGAAAUGAAUGGAUUUGUGAAAUUGAGAACCUGUAGUGCUUCCUUACAAGUAAAUAGUGUACAUUUGUGUGGACCGCACCGAUAUAAUGGGUUGUUGAAAUAUAUGUAUUCAGCGACUGAGCGACGUCUUAUCAGUGUUUCCUUAAUUUGCGCGUUAAAGAGAGUCCGGUAAAAUCAACCCUCAACCAUUAGCUACCUGUUUUUAAAUUUGAUGAAAGUUGUAACAUAUUGUUUUCUUUUAAAUGAAGGUGGUUGACUCGAAAUGAUCUCUUAAUGUCAGAAGACCCAAGUUUAUUCUGUGAAAGUUGUUUUAAGUCUUUACACUACAAGAAUAAUCAGAAAGCGUACACGUUCAGUGCUUAUCAGUACUCUGGCCACUAUUAUUGGUAAUGGCGAAUGAAGAUGGCCAAAUGAAGGACAACAACCUCUCUCCCGAAGCAUUUUUAGUACGCAUGUGCUACUGUGAAUCUCUCGGAGAGAAUAGUAGAAUCCCAGAAUUCAGUAGCGGCCCCAUUACUUACGGUUUUAUCCGCUGUUAGCAGCCGCUGCUUUCGGAGGGAGGGGAGGGCGCUAUACUUAUAGGUGGCACUAUUUUGGGUUGCAUGUAAGUUUUGUUAAUAUAAUAUGCUAAUAUACUGUGAAAUAUGUUACUAUAUAAAUUAGAACAUUUUGGUAACAUUUUGUAACAUAUAAGAUAUAUUCAAUAUUUACUUAUAUGCACAACGAAAAAGGUUAUCUUAGGAUAAAUAUUAAUGCCCAGCAUAAAACACGUAAAAGAGCCAUAACAAAAAUAUAAUUUAAAAUAUUUAUUAUAGCUUUGUAUGUCAUUGCUCUGAAGAUGUCUUCAGUUAAAGACGAAACGUUAGCUUUCUAAUAAAUAUUUUAAAUUAUAUUUUUGUUAUUAUGGCUCUUUUACGUGUUUUAUGCUGGGCAUUAAUACUUAUCCUAAGAUUACGAUUUCCGCCUGGUUCAUCUAUCGCAAGUAUUUUGAAAAAGGUUAUUCAUUACAGAAAUGUGGG